UCUAUGAUCAAAGAUGGCGAGCACCUCCGACCCACUGGAAUAUAUGUUAUUUUCUGAGGUGGAUGAAAAAGCUGUGAGCGAUUUAGUGGGCUCUUUGGAGUCACAACUUGUUGGACAAAGCAACCCUGCAGAUACUCAGUCGGAAAACAGAGGUGCUGGGUCUACAUUCACUGCAAACCAUCACUUAGGGAAAACGCUACCAGCCCAAGUGGGUACUACACUAAUACAGAAGCAACAAGGACAACAUAAAGCUGGGAUGCACCAGGAGAUAAACUCUAAAGAAAUUAGCUUAGAGAAAACUGUUACAUCUUCUUCGCUGAGUUCUAUUCCGUCCAUUGAGGAAGCUUCCACCACUUCAGGGACUGGAGUAAACGCUACCAAGAGCGGUUUGCAAUCACAUGGAACAUCAUCUAUCACAACACUACCUGCAUUUGGUGGUGUAGCAACUUCUCCGCUUGUCAACAGCAUCAGCAGCACCACCACCAGCCGAGGUUACGCUCUGGCUUCAGGUCAGACAUCAACAGACAUUGUCGAUCAUCCAAGAAAACGUAUAACUGCAUCUUUACGGAGUGCAUCCGCGGGAAUACAGAGUUUGAACGGUACCGGAGGAGCGGUAACGUCAAGGAAUAAUCCCCCUGCGGCGGGAGCUGCUGCGUUGAUUAGCAGUGCAAGUACAGCAAACUCAAGUCGGACCGUUGACGUUACAUCUUGUGUAAAUACGACGAAUUUCACUUUAUCUAACUCCAGAAUUUCUUCAACUCAAUCAGCGAUUCCCCUGGAUAAGGGGACUCCUACUAUUGCUUUGCAAAGACUACCAAGUCACAUUGUAGCGAGCAUCGCACAUAAUGGAAAUGGCACUACCGUCUCGGCCUUGGUUAAACAAGGCGCGAUAGGACCGAUCACCUGUGCAGCAGCUUCGCAAGUGAACCACAAAAAAGAGGGUUCUGAAGCGAAGUCGGACGCUCCCGUACAGUCCAAAAUAGUCAUGUCCAGUCCGUUAGGUGUUGUCAAUUCCGUAAUAAACUCUGUUUCCUCUCCCUCUGCCGUUUCCAACAUAGCAGCGGCGACUACUGCAAGUCAUGUCAUGGCAAAGCCUGCUGUCAAUGUUGUUGGACAAACAACAACUGUUGGAAUGGUAAGGCCAGCGUCACCGGCUGUGGCCACAGCUAUACAGCCUCUGCUUCGACCGGGAGUCCCAGCGGCUCAAAGGACUGUAGCCCCACAGCUGAUUGUCAGACCCCCCCAACAACCACAGACGACCAUUCAACUGCCUCCUGGGUUUACCAUCCCACCGGGAAUGGUGUUGGUGCGCACUGAGAUGGGUCAGCUGGUGAUGGUCCCACAGCAGGCCCUUGCCCAGGCACAGGCCCAAGCCCAGACCCAGGCCCAGAACAACAUCUCCCCCCGAACUGCCACCCCCACUGCAGGGGCCACCUUCAGAGCAACGACCCUACAGAAGGGCCCCAUGGCGCCGGCUGUGGCAGUGACGGCUCCCCAACAGGCCCCCGUGGUAAUGGCCCCCCAGGUCCAGGCUGGGGCCCAGGCUGCCUCACAGCCAGCCCUGCCCCCACAGACCAGCGUCCCUGUAGUCUCAGGAGCCUCUGUCAUCUCCCAGGAGAUGCAGGAGAAUGUGAAGAAGUGUAAGAACUUCUUGGCCACCCUGAUAAAGCUGGCUUCCCACAACUCUCCAUCACCUGAGACCUCCAAAAAUGUCAAGUCACUGGUCCAGGAUCUACUGGAUGCUAAGAUUGAGCCUGAGGAGUUCACCAACAGACUGCAGUCAGAGCUCAAGUCGUCUCCUCAGCCCUACCUGGUCCCCUUCCUCAAGAAAAGCCUCCCGGCCCUGCGGCUGUCUCUGCUCAACAUUCAGCAUUCCCUGAUCCAGCCUCUGCCGCAGGCCAAAGCCACCCCCACCCCCACCACAGGCACCAGCUCUGCCAUCAUGGCCGUCCCAGCUGUCCGCGGCCGCCUCCCCAGCAGCGUCAGCACCACGGGGACCAGUGUCGGGGCCCAGGGACACACAGCUGCCCUGGGUAUCAAGCAAGCGGGAACCUCUGGUUGCCAGGUCAGGAUGCCCAUGUUGAUCACACCAUUAAGAACACAAGGCACUGUCAGCAAGGGAGCCAUGUUCCAAGCAGGCAAAAGUCCUGUGGGUUUUGCUGUUAAGGGCUCUGGAAAUCAGAAAAACAAGCUGAACGAUCCCGGAGGCGGUUCUUUCAGGGAUGAUGAUGACAUUAACGAUGUGGCGUCCAUGGCGGGGGUGAACCUGAAUGAAGAGAGCGCUCGUAUCCUGGCAACCAACUCUGAGCUGGUGGGGACACACAUCCGCUCCUGUAAAGAUGAGGCCUUCCUUCACUCGGGCCUGUUACACAGACGCAUCCUGGAGACAGCUAAGAAGUUUGGCGUGUCAGAGGUUCCUAUGGAGGCUGUGAACUUCAUCUCCCACGCUACCCAGUCCCGACUCCGCACUGUGCUGGAGAAGGUCUCCUCCAUCGCACAGCACAGGAUGGACGGUGGUAAAGAUGAGGAGUGGUUUGAGCAGUCGGCAGACGUGCGGUCGCAGCUAAAGUUCUUUGAGCAGCUGGAGAGGAUAGAGAAGCAGAGGAAGGAUGAACAGGAGAGAGAGAUCCUACUUAAAGCAGCUAAAAGUCGCUCCAGGCAAGAGGACCCAGAGCAGGCUCGACUGAAACAAAAAGCUAAGGAGAUGCAGCAACAGGAAAUGGCCCUGGUGAGGCAACGAGACGCGAACCUGACCGCGCUAGCUGCCAUCGGACCUCGGAAGAAACGCAAGAUGGACUCGCCAGGGGCCACGCCGUCAGGGACCGAGGUAUCAGGCAGCUCAGUGGGGUCGCCGGGCGCCGCCUCCUCCCCCUCCACGUCGUCACAGCGGCAACGUCAACGCAUCACCCGCGUCAACCUCAGGGACUUCAUCUUCUACAUGGAGCAGGAGAGAGAGACAGCCCACUCACUUCUGCUCUACCGGGCUCUGCUCAAGUAGCACCCUCCUCUCUCUCCCAGCACCCUCCUCUCUCUCCCUUACCAUCUCCUUCUACCCCUGCAACGUGCCUUCAAUCGGGUCAGAUGUUUCAGCUCAGUGUCUGUUGUGAUGUUGAUAUUAACGUGGCUUUUGAUAUGAAGGCGAGAGAAAAAACUCACUAAAAUAUAUUGUAUGUGUCUUUAUCUGUUUUACACUGAGUACCAAACAUUAAGAACACCUUCCUAAUAUUUCCCUUUUGCCCCCAGAACAGCCUCAGUUCGUCGGGGCAUUGACUCUACAAGGUGUCGAAAGUGUUCGACAGGGAUGCUGGCCCAUGUUGACUCCAAUGCUUCCCACAGUUGUCAAGUUGGCUGGAUUUCCUUUGGGUGGUGGACCAUUCUUGAUACACACGGGAAACUGUUGAGCGUGAAAAACCCAGCAGUGUUGCAGUUCUUGACACAAACCGCUGCGCCUGGCACCUACUGCCAUACCCCGUUCAAAGGCAUUUAAAUCUUUUGUCUUGACCAUUCACCCUCUGAAUGGCACACAUAUGCAAUCCAUGAUUCAGAAAUCCUUCUUUAACCAGUCUCCUCCCCUUCAUCUAAACUGAUUAAAGUGGAUUUAACAGGUGACAUCAAUAAGGGAUCAUAGCUUUCACCUGCAGUCUCCUGGUCAGUCUAUGUCAUGGAAAGAGCAGGUGUCCUUAAUGUUUUGUACACUCAGUGUAUAUGUAUUUAGAGUGUUGACUUUAAGGCCAUGGUGAUGCAAACUCCUUGGGUAUUAUUGGGAUUAGGUUUUUAAGGAGAAAUGUGUUUUUGUGUCUAAGGACCUGAGCCAGUACUUUUUCCAUGUCAGUUGUACAUUUGAUGUCCCAGACGAAAUACUGAAUGAACCAUCUCAAAGUGAUUUUCUUUAAAAAAAAUCAUAUUCUGAACUUAAUACAGCCUACAAUAUUCUCUAGAAUGUAUUUGUUGAACAAAGUUCAGUGAAUAUGGUCACACAAAACUAACAUGUCAUAGAGUGGUCUGAUUCUUUAUACCAGAAACUUACCAGAGCAGCUUUUUGGAAAGUUUAUCUUCAGAAAAUGGAUUACAGCAUAACAGAAAUCAAGCUCUUUAAAUGUAAAUAGUAAUUUUGAAUACUUUUCAACAGCAUGUAUGAUAUUUUUACCACAUGUAAUGUUAAUGACUCAAUACUGAGAUUUUCUGUAAAAUCAUGUGCAUUGAAAUUUGUUAUGAUUAGAAUGUUAUUUUGUUUGGAUCCCCAUUAGCUGACACCAUGACGACAGCUAGUCUACCUGGGGUCCAACACAUCCAAGACAUUACAGACAAAAAUAGUUUGUAAUUUACAUACAGUACACUUAAAAAACAUGAACAAAUGGAAAAUACCUGAAAGGUAACAUUUAACUGUCAAUAAGCAAAUUGUAUUCUUUGUAUUCUUUCACUUUAUAAACUUUAUUUCAAUACAAUGCAGAUAGUCUUAUCCAAUCCAACAGGUCAAUAAUGUAACAAUGGUCAGAGUUACCACAGUCCACUAAUAUGGUGGAUUCUGGCCAGUCAUCCUCAUUGACCAAGGCUCAGUAGUCUCUCUCUGUACCACAUUUAUGGAGAGAUUCUUUUUUUCUAAAUGUCCCUGUAGAAUGUAGACGUUGCCCAUCUGUCUCAUUGUUUGGGCCCAUUUCCACAAUACUUUAGGUUGUCUGAAGAACCUAUUCUGUGAAGCCAGGUCCAUACCCUCAGCAGACGCCCAGAGUGCAGUCUGGUCGUUCGACAAGCAGCUCUUAUCUUAGGGUUUCCUCUGUUUCACUUCAAGACUAUUAACAACACAUAUCAGACGUGUGAGCAGCUGGACAGUUGUUGAAGUAGAGUUUUGAGAAUUCUUCCUUUAAGCCUAAUAUUGACAUUGCAAUGUUUUUAGAGUUGUAUGUUUUUAUGUUCUCUCUGGAACGAGAGAUGGGAGGCGACUGCCUCUCUGUCAGUAGCUCUACAUCCUUGUCAUUAGGGUCCAACUCUGCAAGGCCUCAGUGUUGUCACCUGUUUCUGACCAUCCUCUUAUUAACAUGGCCUUUCUCUUAUUGGUUGGUUGUGAAUAGCCUCUAUGCAGCUUGUCUUGUGUCGCUUUGUCAUUUAUUUGUUGAAUGGGCAACAUUUGAAAUGAAUGUUCAUUGCGGUUCUUUCUAACAGCACUAUUAUAUACAGUUUUUUUAUUACUUAUACAAUGAGAAAAAAACAGAACGCUGUGUUACCAAUGUAUAGAAAGAAAUAGUUCCUGUUUCAUAAGCAUCAAACAGUAUUGUCAGUUGGUGUUGAAAGGGAAACGUAUUUUUUAACUAUUUAUAUAUUUUUCUUUUGAGUUAUUUUUUCAUUGGCAUUUCAUUUGCCACAUUUUAGGCAAUGCAAUUUUAUCUCACAAGUACUUAUAGUUGAAAAAAAAUUAAAUUUAAAAGCACAAAAAUACCUAUUUGUUCAGUGGUUAUUAAUAUUUUAAUAAUUAUUUGUAUGAUUUCUGAUAAAUUAACAGGAGAACAUUUCUACUACUUCAGCUUUUUAGCCAAAAUAUAAGGAUUACUGAUGUACCCCGUUGGAAGAUGUUUUAAUGUAUGGAUCAUUUGUAAAUAUUGUUUACAGGACCAUGUGUUUAUUAGGACUAUGUUAUUUUUGGUAAACUCUGUACAUAUCCUGAAAAUGUCCUGUUUGUGUGAAAAACAUACUUCUGUAUUUGUACCUAUUUUGUAAAGGAAUAAAUAAACUGUUUACUAAACUAA